AUGGCUCCCCAGAAGCAAAUGGUCCUCAAGCUGACCUCCUUCCGCUACAAGAAGGAGGGCAUCUCUGAGAAAGAAUUCCACGAAUAUGCCAGCAAGUCGCAUGCUCCUAAGGCAGCCAUCGUACAGGCUCGCCAUGGCGCCAUCAAAGUGUGCCAGCAGUACCACACCCCUAGCGCUAGCAAGAGGCUUAUCACAGAGAAGAUCCCCUGGGCCGUACGUCCAGGCUGGGAGAUUGAAGAUCACGACAUCAUGGUGUCCGUGUACGUGCCGAACGCGGAGACCGCGCAGGCAAUUGUAACCGACCCGGACUUCCAGAGCCUCGUGGCUGGGGAGGAUGAGAUCUGUGACCAGACCCGCGCCAAGUUGACUGCAGGGUGGGAGGAGGUGUUUGUGGAGGAUGGAAAGGUAGUGGGAGAGGACUACGGUAGCUUUGAGGAGCUCACUAGCCUUGGUCACGAUAGCAAGACCACAUCGGCUCCCGAGGGCAUCCGCAUCUAG